GGACUUCAUUUGAAAAAGCACAGACUACCAAGAAGAAGAAUCUCAGCUGGUUUGUUCAGUGUCGGCAGUAACAGAAGAAGAGGACAGGGUUGACAAAUACAUGGGAAAAAAGGGGUUCCAUUUCGUUCCCAUUUGACAUCCUUGAUCCCGCAAAUUGUAUUUGUAAAAUUUUUCUUCGAAAAUUCCACGAAAAACCCAACAAAAUUCCUGACUGGAAAAAACCCAGUUGUAAAAGAGAUCCCUCUUUGAGGAGAAAACCUUGAACAGAGAGAGAGAGACAAAAUGGCUCUAAAUCAUGGUGGAGCUUCAUGUAAUCCAAGAAUCUUGAAAGCUGGAUUCGGAUUGAUGGCGAUUUGUUUGGCAGCAUAUAUUGUUGGGCCACCAUUGUAUUGGCAUUUUAUGGAAGGCUUAGCAGCAGUGAGCCGGAGUUCAUCUUCAUCAUCUUCCUCUGCCCUCAAUUGCCCGCCUUGUGACUGUGAUUGCUCUUUUCAAUCUCUUCCCUCCAUUCCCAUUGGUUUGAGCAAUAAUACUUUUGCAGAUUGUGCGAAGCAUGAUCCAGAUGUAAGCGAAGAGACAGAGAAAAACUUCAUAGAACUAUUGUCAGAGGAGCUGAAGCUUCGAGAAGCCGAAGCUUUGGAAAACCAGCAAAGGGCUGAUAUCCAAUUGCUCGAAGCAAAGAAGAUGACCUCUUCAUAUCAAAAAGAGGCUGAUAAAUGCAAUUCAGGUAUGGAAACUUGUGAAUUGGCAAGGGAAAAGGCCGAAGAGGCUUUAGUGUCACAGAAGAAACUGACCGCCAUGUGGGAGAUGAGAGCUCGUCAGAAAGGAUGGAAAGAAGGGGCUUCCAAGUCUUCAUGAUCAUGCAUAGCCCAUGUAAGACAUUCAUCUUCCUGUGAUUUGGUAACCGUAAACCAGAGCUCAAAGCAUUUUUGGUUUAUAAGUUUCCCCGUGCCCUGAAACUGGUAGCACAUGUUCACAAGCCAUACUCGCAGUAGUGAUAUAUUGGUGUUUUUGUAGCGUACACAUUCCUUAUGCUGUAAAGCAAAGCCUUAUUCGUUUCCACAUGGUAAGUUCAUUGAAUGUUUCCACAUACAUAUAAUGAUUGACAAGUUAAUGCUUAGAACUUUCCCACUUUGUAAACCGUGGAAUCGAUUUAUACAGUGACAUUAUCGAUUCACUGGGUUUGUUACCUUUUUCUCCUAUGCUUUGGUUACCUUUUUGACUCCAAGAAGCGUAUUAUUCUAUAGUCAUUGUCAUUUUCACAUCUUUUUUCAUCUCAUGUUCGUCAUUCAUGAUUUAUUGCUCAUGCACCACUCUUGUUCAAGGA